UUGUCUGGUGCUGGGUGAUGACUAUCACGAGCUGCACCUUCACCUGCACCAGCCUGUGGCAGGCAGCGCGGGAAAACAAUCUGACGACAUCGCCAUUAUCUGUCGCCGCCUUAUCAAACCUCGCUCUUACUUGCUUCCCUCUCAUUUCAAGGGAACGAUAAGCAUCUGUAGACAAAGCCACCGCACACGUGUGUGUGAUAUUCAUUCUGCAAACUGCUGGCGCUUGACUUGUCUCAACAGACAGACAGCAAAGCUUGACCUCACUCAACAUGCGUGACCUCUCCAUCGCAUCCCUCGUCCUUCUGUUUGCUGCAGCACUCUCAGUCAAAGUCUGUCCCUCCGGGUGGAUGUUUUUCUCUAAUUCCUGCUACUUUCUGGUGAAGAAUUCUGUCAAUUGGUUUGAUGCAAGGGAAAUUUGCAGAAUGUAUGGAUCCAGUCUGACUGAAAUUAAUUCAAAAAACGAAAAUAACUACUUGAAAAAUGUGAUAAAAUUCCUCAAAAUCAACGAGGUGUGGAUAGGUCUGGACGACCUGGAGAGGAAGGGUACCUACCGCUGGUCAGCCAGCAAGGGUCUACCCACCUUCACCCGCUGGCUGCAGGGUUCGCCGCCCCACCCCGUCACGGGCCACGACUGUGUGGAGAUCAUCUUCUUCCACCGGGAGGGCUGGAGGGGCAGCUGGAGGGACAAGAACUGCACUGACCUCCUGCCGGCAUUUUGUGAAGCAGAACCGUUUGACGUUGAACCGGAACCAGAAGUGGACGACAUGUCACCGAACACAGAGUCACUUCCGGACUCGAAUCUAGAAAAUGGAGCCGUUGAUAUGAUUCAGAACACCGGAUCGUCUGAUGCAUCUUUCGACUUGGAACCUGCAACUGAGCUGCAGGACAUUCCACCCAACACGUCGUCUGACAUCUUUUCUGACCUGGAGCCUGAAACUGAUGACAUGUCACCGGCCACCCAGCCACCAGACUUGGACUUGAAGACUGUCGCUAUUGCUGUCAACGAUGCAGCAAACACACAACCGUCUAACAUGUCUCGGUGGCUGCCACCAGACGAGCAACCAUCUGAUAGGUCGGUAGACAUGUACACCGACGAUAUGCCACCAAGCACUCAACCAUCUGGGUCAAAGGUCGACGUCAACACUGACGAUAUGCCGCCAAGCACUCAACCAUCUGGGUCAAAGGUCGACGUCAACACUGACGAUAUGCCGCCAAGCACUCAACCAUCUGGGUCAAAGGUCGACUUCAACACCGACGAUAUGCCACCAAGCACUCAACCAUCUGGGUCAAAGGUCGACGUCAACACUGACGAUAUGCCGCCAAGCACUCAACCAUCUGGGUCAAAGGUCGACGUGGAUCCCGAAUAUGGAAGCGAUUAUGCGCCAGCAGACACGAGGUUACCUGGCUCCGACCUCACCACCAAGCCUGAAAAUGAUCCUGUCACUUAACUCCGCCCCCACAAAACUCAUCUUUCUACAUGGAGUGUGAACACUGAGAGAUGGUAAGGUGCCACCACAGGGCAGCCUCAUCCACCUGUCGGGUCAGAAGACUGUUUGCAUGUUUCCCCACAGACCCACAACUGAUGACUCCCUAUUCGAGGGUUGAUGUUGACGCUUUCAGGGCAAACAAUAAAAGACAUUAAUUACGAUGAAUACACUUUCUUUAUUGU